AUGGACCCUCAUCUGAAAUUGACAGUUGAGAGUGGUGUCCUCUUGCCCAAUGCAACAGAAUAUCAAAGACUAAUUGGAAAAUUGAUAUACUUGGGACUGACAAGGCCUGAUAUCACUUAUGCUAUAAACUCCCUAAGUCAGUUCAUGCAACAGCCCACAUCAGUGCACAUGCAGGCUGCCAAAAGAAUUCUCAGAUACUUGAAGCUGGCUCGCAAUCAAGGAAUAUCAUUAGCCUCGAACUCAGCAGCAGUCUUGACUGCAUAUGCAGACAGUGAUUGGGGAGGAUGCCCUAUUACUAGGAGGUCAACCACCGGUUAUUAUAUCUUGUUGGGUGCAUCACCAGUGUCUUGGAAAUCCAAAAAGCAGCAUGUUGUUGCAAAAUCUUCAGCAGAAGCAGAGUAUAGAGCCAUGGCUCUGGCAACCUGUGAAGUCACUUGGCUAACACAGUUACUCAAAGACCUGGGAAUGAAGAAAAUAGGUGCUGCAAUCUUGAAAGUGGACAACAAAGCAGCCCUGUCCAUAGCAGCAAACCCGGUUCAACAUGAAAGAACAAAACAUGUUGAAAUGGACUGCCAUUUUGUUCAAGAUAAAGUAAUUACGGUUGAAAUAAAGCCAGAGUACAUUCCAUCAUCGCAGCAGCCAACUGAUAUCUUGACAAAACCCAUGAGCAUAUUGCAAAAACAGCAGCUCUUUUCCAAACUAGGAAUCAAAUCAAACCAUUCCUAG